AUGACUUCGAAUCAGGAAGAACAUCAUUCCGGUAGGCCCAUCAUGCUCUUUGGGAGUUCCUUCACAUUCGGGAAUAGAUCGCUGUUCUUCAGGCUCGACGGCGUCUCAGUAUCGCCGAUGGCCUUGAUAGUGCCUGUCCCAGCAAGCUUUUUGGCGGACCAUCAAGUCUCUAGAUUGGUCAAGGACACCAAGCGCUGGAUAGGAGCCAGCGCCUUCUUAGCCUUGUCGAUUUGCGCUCCGAUCGGAUUCUCGUCAUCAAGGACGGAGAAGGCACACACGCUAGCGCCUGGAUCGCCCUGCACAACCACAAGUUGUCAAAAAAUUUGCCACCAGAGUCGCCGUGCAUUUCUGACUCAACCAUCGGCAAACCAAGGGCCGUUUGUUCUGAUGCUUCAGAUCGUGGUGGAGGACACCGUUGUCGUGGUAGAAGGCAAUGCCCUGCAGCGCCUAGAACAUGAACGACUAAAUCGUGGGUGGAUUAAGUUCGCUACAAUCACCUCUGGAGUCCAUGUACUUCUUCAGAUCCUUGUCCAUGUACUCGAAGACGAGCAUCACCUUAUUCUCGGUGUCAGAGAGAUCCAUCCCACUUUAUCUCCAGUAGCGUCCGCCAAGGUGCCAGCUCAGAAUUGCCACUUCGGGGGCCAGAUGGUCUUCUCACAGAGGACUACGCCGUGGUUCUCCGGGAAGUCCUUCUCUUUCAAGCGGUUCGGAAUUGGUUGUUGUCCGCCCUUGCUUACGGUAGAAGCGACUAAGUCCGUGGGCUGA